AUAAAUGCCAUGGAAUCUUUUGACUUUGUCUUGACAUUGCAUUUGAUGAUUAACAUUUUAGGGAUUACAAAUGAAUUAUCUCAAGCAUUACAAAGAAAGGAUCAAGAUAUUAUAAAUGCAAUGAAAUUGGUACAAGUGUCCAAACAACGAUUGCAAAUGAUGAGGGAAAAUGAAUGGGUGCCUUUGCUUGAAGAAGUGUCACGCUUUUGCAACGUUUUUGAAAUUGAAGUUCCAAAUAUGGAUUCUAAAUUCAAGGCUCGUGGACGAUCUGUUAGAAAAUGUGAAGAAAUUACAAACUUUCAUCAUUAUCGAGUAGAUUUGUUCUACGCGGUUAUUGAUAUGCAACUUCAGGAAUUGAAUAAUCGAUUCUCAGAAAGCAGCACCGAGUUACUUCUUUGUGUGAUAUGUCUAAAUCCGAGUAAUAUGUUUUCUGCUUAUGAUAAGGGAAAAUUAAUUCGUCUUGCAGAAUUAUAUCCAACAGAUUUCUCUAUGAUUGAUCUUGUGUCUCUUGAGCAUCAACUACCAACUUAUAUUGUUGAUAUGCGUACUAGCGAGGAGUUUACUUCUUUAACUAGCAUUGCUGCUCUAGUAAAACAGAUGGUAAAGAAUAAAAAAAAUGUUGUGUAUCCACUAGUUUAUAAAUUUAUUGUUUUUGUAUUGACGUUACCAGUUGCUACUGCUACGGUGGAGAGAGCAUUUUCUGCAAUAAAGAUCAUUAAGCAUCGACUUCAAAGCAAAAUGGGUGAUGCCUGA